GACACUUGUGAAAUGUUUUUUCUAAGCUUGUGAAGUUUGAUGUUUUUAAAACGUCUUUUUUGAUGAUAAGCGUUUAAAAAGAGGACGUUUUAUUUUGUUGUUGAAGAACAGACAUCUCUUGUCAACAAGCGAUUAGUUCUAUCGAAUUAAAAUAACAUAAUUUGUUGCAGAUAUUAAACCCGCAAUGCUAAAAAUAUAAAUCGAGAUGGCCGCGAGAAACAAGCCGGGGGCCAAACACGAUGACCACAGCGUGGAGACGUUGGCCGAGGUCUUCCGCUGCUUCAUCUGCAUGGAAAAACUCAGAGAUGCCCACCUGUGUCCCCACUGUUCCAAGCUGUGCUGCUACGUCUGCAUUCGCAGGUGGCUCACCGAGCAGAGGUCUCAGUGUCCCCAUUGCCGAGCUUCCUUACACUUGCACGAACUGGUGAACUGUCGGUGGGUCGAGGAGGUGACCCAGCAGUUGGAUACGUUGCAGGUGGUCAGUCUGAGCAGCAACCGACAGGAGGAAAACGACCGAGAUGGCUGUUCGACCCACUUGGAGAAGUUGUCGGUGUACUGUUGGACGUGCCGUUGCUGCAUCUGCCACCAGUGCGCGUUGUGGGGCGGUACCCACUCCGGUCACACCUUUAAGCCGUUGGAUGAAGUGUACGAACAGCACGUGACGCAGAUUAAAGACGAGGUGGCUCAGCUUCGUAGACGAUUGAUGGAACUGAUAAGUAUCGUUCAGGAAGUCGAGAGAAACGUCGAAUCCGUAAGGUCGGCUAAGGACGACAGGGUCAGGGAGAUCCGGAACGCCGUAGAGUUGAUGAUAGCUAGACUUGACUCGCAACUUAAGACGAAAUUAUUGACCCUUAUGGGUCAAAAAGAUUCACUUACGCAAGAGACGGAACAAUUGGAGCAUCUGUUGCACGAGAUCGAGCAUCAACUUCACACUUGCACCCGCUCGGAACUGAUCUCCAAAAGCAGCGACCUCUCCCGGAUGAUACACGCCAUCAGGAAGAAGCCGAUGACUAGCUUUGUGACCGCGCCGGUACCAGCGGAUUUCCACAGCGAAAUCGUACCCUCCUAUGACAGCAGCACGUUCGUGAUGCACUGCUUCUCGCAGCUGCAGAGGAAAGCAGACCCGGUGUACUCCACGCCGUUGCAUUGCAACGGACUGUGUUGGAGACUGAAGGUGUAUCCGGACGGUAACGGCGUCGUGAGGGGCAACUACCUGUCCGUUUUCCUGGAACUCAGCGCAGGGUAUCCCGAGACGUCCAAGUACGAGUACCGCGUGGAAAUGGUGCACCAGGCCAGCAGGGAUUCCUCGAAGAACAUCGUUAGGGAGUUUGCGUCCGACUUCGAAGUGGGCGAGUGCUGGGGCUACAACAGGUUCUUCCGAUUGGAUCUCCUGGCCAGCGAGGGUUAUCUCAACGUCGCUUUGGACACCUUGGUGCUUAGGUUCCAAGUGAGGGCCCCCACGUUUUACCAGAGGUGCCGCGACCAGCAGUGGUACAUCAACCAGCUGCAGACGGUGCAGCACCAGUACAUCUCGCAAAUAAACGAGUCGAAAGAACGCUUGGCUGCGGAGAUAUCCAGGAACGCAGUCGCCGCUACGCUAGGCGUUUCAAAGAAACACGGCGACGUGACCAACAUCGCGGUGGUGAAGAACAUGUACAACAUACCGGCUCCGAUAAGUAAUAUGGACCCGCACGGCAUCCCGACGACUUCGCAAAUGGCUUCCGACAGCUCGUUCUCUAGCGAUCUCGCUAACUUUACCAAAAACUUGACGAUGCCGAGCUGCGGCACAUCCAACAACCAAACGAGAAAUGAAGACUGCCCUUGUUCGUCGAAAACUAAAAGCAACGUUACAGAAACUAACUCGAAACAAGUAAUUACCAAGAAAUCAACCGAGAAUACGACACAGCAGGAACCACACCAGCUGUUAGGAUUGGGGGUGUCACUGAGUUCACCAAAUCUUUUAAAUACUGCUGUGAAUUCGUUGCUUUUGUCGAGCAGUAGCAGCAGCGAAAGCGACCUCAGCGAACCGGGACACCUAACGGACGACUUUGAACACCAAGCGACUUUGAUCAGUACGGGCGAUAAUUCCAAUGACGAGAACGACGUGGACGUAGAAACUAUGUCCGGCGAGAACGACGUGGAGUACGCGGAAUUCUCCAUGGCCCAGAGGAUGAUGGCGAGAGACCCGAGCUCAGCGAAUAGUAGCGUAGCGGGCGUUGCUGCGGCUUUAUCGCCCACGGGCCUGAUCAAUUCCUUCGAAGAAAAGCUGAAGCUGCUACAGUUUUUCGGGAAUAGCCCCCAGGGGUUACCCACAACGUCUACGUCUUCGAGUACGAAUGCUCUCUUGGAUAUGACAGCGUCUAACUUAGAUCUCGCCCUGAUAGGCUCGGCGUUGUCGAUUAAGAGCGACGAACCUGUCACAUCGCAAGACACCAGGAAGAAGUUGAAACAACGUUUCAAGCACACGGAAAACACUACGACGCCCAGCGAUCAACCCGGUAUCUGGACGGAAACCGUACCUUUAUCCCACAACACUAAAGAGUCCGUGAUGGGUCCCUUGGAAUCGUUUCUUCGUUCCAUAAACUGUUACCCGGAACACGAUCAGGGCCGUAGCAAGAAAGACUCGCCUUCUAAGGAAAGAAGGAGGCACGCUUCGGGUCAGUCCGCUAAGUUCCAGGUGCCGCUUUUGCAGCCGUCUUCGCCCCCGCCUCUGAGCGAUAACGUCGAAGGUUCCAUGCAGCCCUCGUCGUCGACCGGGUUCAGUUGGACGCCCGCUUUGUUGGGUCAGAGGCGUACCAAGUCGCCCAAGCUGCCUCAGGGCGACUUGCCUCUGCCUGAGAAGGAGAAGGAAGGGGGACCCGAUGACCACCCGCACUCGUCUUAGACGGUUUCGUAGAUUAAACGUAGUUUUAGAAGAACUGGCUCGGAAAAAUAUCGGUCGAUGGCAUUUUGGUUAAAUUUGUUUUCACCAGUGAAGAACUUUAUUAUCGUUAGUAUAUGUCUCUGUCUUGUCUAGAUCUGCUUUUCGUUUGUAAAAAUUAAUUUUAUUUUCAUUUGUUUUUCCGAGUCGGAUCGGUGUCACUAUUUAAGGAAGAAUUUUCUGGGCUGUUUAAAAAGAAUUGUGAUUAUUUCAGUGGUUCUGUGUGUAAUUUUAAUUUGCAUUGGUGACGAACCUCGUAUUUAUUUUGUUAGGUUGGUCAAGUAAUUCUCUCUGUCUUGUUGCAGCAAUUAGUACUUUUUUUUAUCAUUCAUUUUUAUAAGUUUUCUAUCAUAGAACUUUAGUGUAGUUGAUGUAGUGUAUAUUAUAAAGUAAUUAAAUAAAUUUC